GAACCCACCCUUCAGUGAUGCCGACCGCAGUGUGUGUAUAUUACUGGCGAGGGAGCCGCUAGGAAGCUAGGAGGAGUUGCGGCAAGGUCGACAACAGCAUCCUGCUCUGAAUUACAGGAAGACUGUAGCUCGACGGACUUAAGUUUGAAGGCGGGGGACGACCGAAACCACCUUUUAUUGGCGGCUGCGUAAGAAAAAGUCAGUAGGUGGCUUAAAGUUUCCAUCUUGUAGCCUCAUGUUUCAUACAAACGAGGAAUUUGUCGUUGUUAGCGUGGUCCGUACGGCUUCCUGAGCGCACAGUUGUGCUCGUGACGGAACAACUUGCUUUAGACCGCUUUGCCGGCCUAACGUGCUGUCUCGUAGACGGUUUACCCAUUAGUUGGCGUUGAGUGUGCCAUGUCGGCGCCAUCAACCGCGGCUCCCGCUUCGGGGGAGAGCGCCCAGACGGAGGCGGAUUCUUUAGCCCCCGACGCGGGGCUGAAGCCACCGGGUCCGUCGCAUAGUCAGAGUCGUUUCCAGGUGGACCUUGUGGCCGAAGCAGCCGCUGCGGUCGUUGACGAGUCGCCGAGUUCUGAAGCUGUCCCAUCCGGCGAGAAGGCCACUCCCGGUGCUCCACCCGAGUACCCGGGCACGAGCAGCGAGGAAGCUAAAGGUCGCUUUCGGGUGGUGAACUUUGCGGACCCGAGCGGAGCCAGCAGCCCGGCUUCUCCGGAGGCAGCGCCCGUCGAAGGGAUGCAGAACGGGGACACGGUGAUGAGCGAGACUAGUUUACAUUCGUCCACUGGCGGCCAGCAUCACUAUCACUAUGACACCCACACGAACACCUAUUACCUGAGGACCUUUGGCCAUAACACCAUCGAUGCCGUGCCCAACAUCGACUUCUACCGACAGACAGCCGCGCCGUUGGGGGAGAAGCUUAUCAGACCCACUCUUUCGGAGUUGCACGAUGAGCUGGACAAGGAACCCUUUGAAGAUGGGUUUGCCAAUGGCGACGAGCUCACACCAGCUGAGGAAGCUGCAGCAAAAGAAGCCGCUGAUUCUAAAGGAGUUGUCAAGUUUGGCUGGAUUAAAGGAGUUCUGGUCCGAUGUAUGUUGAACAUAUGGGGUGUCAUGCUCUUUAUCCGUAUGUCCUGGAUUGUGGGACAGGCUGGAAUUGCUCUAUCUUGCUUGAUUGUUGCCAUGGCCACCGUUGUGACGACGAUCACUGGACUCUCCACUUCUGCCAUCGCAACCAAUGGAUUUGUUCGAGGGGGCGGCGCAUACUACUUGAUUUCAAGAAGUCUGGGCCCCGAGUUUGGCGGCUCUAUCGGUCUAAUCUUUGCCUUUGCCAAUGCAGUGGCAGUGGCCAUGUAUGUGGUGGGCUUUGCUGAAACCGUUGUGGAACUUCUUGCUGGUGUGGAUGCCCUUAUGACAGAUGAAAUCAAUGAUAUUCGAAUUAUUGGAACCAUAACUGUAAUCCUUCUUCUGGGAAUAUCUGUUGCUGGAAUGGAAUGGGAAGCAAAGGCCCAGAUCUUCCUGCUUUUUGUACUCAUCACUGCAAUCAUCAACUACUUCAUUGGAACCUUUAUCCCCGUCAAGUCAAAGGAAACCAUGGGCUUCUUUGGCUAUGAUGGUUCUAUCAUGUGGGAGAACAUGGGUCCUGAUUUUAGGGGAGAAACAUUCUUUUCUGUCUUUGCCAUCUUCUUCCCUGCAGCUACUGGUAUUCUAGCUGGGGCCAACAUUUCUGGAGAUCUUGCAGACCCACAGCUGGCCAUUCCCAGAGGAACACUCCUGGCCAUAUUAAUUACUGGAAUAGUUUAUCUGGGAGUUGCUGUAUCUACAGGUUCCUGUAUUGUGAGAGAUGCCAAUGUCACAGUCAGUUCUCAGUUCGGUUUGAAUUGCACUGAUGCAUCCUGCAAAUUUGGCUACGACUUCUCUGCUUGUAGGAAUGACGGAGUUAAAUGUCCUUACGGUUUACAAAAUGAUUUUCAGGUUAUGAGCAUGGUUUCAGGUUUUGGGCCUAUUAUUACUGCUGGAAUCUUUUCUGCCACUCUUUCUUCAGCACUGGCGUCUUUGGUCAGUGCACCUAAAGUAUUUCAGGCUUUGUGUAAAGACAACAUUUACCCUGGACUUGGAAUGUUUGCCAAAGGUUAUGGCAAGAACAAUGAGCCUCUCCGAGGCUACAUCCUGACAUUUGUGAUUGCUCUUGGGUUCAUCCUAAUUGCUGAGCUGAACAUCAUUGCCCCUAUCAUCUCCAACUUUUUCUUGGCCUCGUAUGCCUUGAUCAACUUUUCUGUGUUCCACGCGUCAUUGGCGAACUCCCCAGGGUGGCGUCCCAGCUUCAAAUACUACAACAUGUGGGUUUCGCUUGCUGGAGCAGUACUGUGCUGUGUGGUAAUGUUUGUCAUCAACUGGUGGGCCGCUCUCUUCACCAACGUCAUUGUUCUGGGACUCUAUAUUUACGUCAGUUAUAAAAAGCCAGAUGUGAACUGGGGCUCUUCGACCCAGGCUUUGACAUACCAUCAGGCUCUCACCCACACUUUGCACCUCAGUGGAGUAGAAGACCACAUUAAGAAUUUCAGACCCCAGUGUUUGGUGAUGACUGGUUACCCUAACUCCCGUCCAGCGCUAUUGGAUCUGGUCCACAGCUUUACCAAGAAUGUUGGCCUGAUGAUCUGCGGUCAUGUUCGCACGGGUUGUAGAAGGCCAAACUUUAAAGAUCUUGCAACAGACCAGUCAAGAUAUCAGCGCUGGCUGCUGAAGAAUGAAACAAAGGCUUUCUAUACAGCUGUGUUUGCAGAAGACAUGAGACAGGGGAGUCAAUAUCUCCUUCAGGCUGCAGGCUUGGGCCGCCUAAAGCCCAACACGCUUGUGCUUGGCUUCAAGAAUGAUUGGAGAGAUGGUGACAUGAUGAAUGUGGAGACGUACAUAAGUAUGAUCCAUGAUGCCUUCGACUUUCAGUACGGUGCAGUUAUUUUAAGAUUGAAAGAAGGAUUGGAUGUGUCACAUAUCCAUGGACAAGAUGAUUUGCUGUCCUCCCAAGAGAAGUCUUCUGGAAUGAAAGAUGUGAUUGUGUCCAUUGACACCAGCAAAGAAUCUGACGGGGAUUCAUCUAAGCCAUCUUCCAAAGCUACAAGCCUCCAAAACAGUCCGGCUGUACAGAAAGAUGAAGAAGAUGAUGGCAAAGCUACAUCCCAGCCCCUGUUGAAAAAAGACAAGAAGAAUAUGAAUGUACCGUUGAACGUGUCGGACCAGAGACUGUUAGAGGCGAGCCAGCAGUUCCAGAAGAAACAAGGGAAGGGAACAGUUGAUGUCUGGUGGCUGUUUGAUGAUGGAGGUUUGACUCUACUGAUUCCCUAUUUAUUGACCAACAAGAAACGCUGGAAAGAUUGCAAGAUUCGUGUGUUUAUUGGUGGCAAGAUAAACAGGAUUGAUCAUGACCGCCGAGCGAUGGCAACUCUUUUGAGCAAGUUCAGGAUAGACUUCUCAGACAUCACUGUGCUGGGGGAUGUCAACACCAAGCCCAAAAAAGAGCACUUUGCCGCCUUUGAAGAGUUGAUUGAGCCUUAUCGGUUGAAGGAAGAUGACAUGGAGCCAGAAGCAGCUGAACGUUUGAAAAACAGCGAGCCAUGGAGGAUCACAGACAAUGAGCUGGAGCUUUAUCGUGCCAAGACUAAUCGUCAGAUCAGACUUAACGAGCUACUGAAGGAACACUCCAACACGGCCAACCUCAUUGUAAUGAGCCUGCCACUGGCCAGGAAAGGUGCAGUGUCGAGUGCUCUGUACAUGGCCUGGUUGGAGGUGUUGUCAAAGGACCUGCCACCCAUCCUUCUGGUCCGUGGCAACCACCAGAGUGUCCUAACCUUCUAUUCUUAAAAAGCAUUCAAAAAAAACUUACAUUCAACUGUCUGUUAGCAGACCCCUUAUAUAUAUAUAGAUAUAUAUAUAUUCCAGACAUAGCUACAUAACUCCAAGCUAUGUGCACACUGUUUUUAAGGAACGUGAAUAAAGUGUAGAAAGGUUUAAGAUGAGGAAAAAUACAAUCAAGUGUGAGUGUAAGGUGCUUUUUGUAAAACGUACCCACUUGCUCACUUUUUUUUUUUGUUGCUAAAAUGUCUGUAUUUUCUCAUGUAUCUCCAAUCUGAUUCACACAAGGAGAUGUCAAUUUCUCCAAACGGUUUUUGAGAACUGGUUAUAAAGGUUUUCACGCCAUGUUCACUUUGUUGUGAUGCGGGAUGGUCACACUUGUUACAUUUACCGGACUCGUUGUAAUGUUUGUAAAGCCUCAAUAAGUAACUUGCCGCUUUCCUUCAAUGUUUGGAGAGAAGCACGUAGAAUGCUUUACGACACCGCCUUAUGGAUGUGCCUUCCAGUUUAAUCAGAUAUUAAUCUCUAGUUAGAUGAUAAUAUAAUUGUAUUAGUUGGUAGUUUUAUUGAUUUUUGAAUUUGAUUCCUAUUAGUGGAGUGCAUUGCAUGGAUUAAAGGUGUCCCUUUAAUGGCAUGAAGACUUUCUACCAGUUCUUCCCCCCUUUGUUUUGGGCUGUCGUGUUGUUCUUUUGACUAACUUUUAAGUCUUCCUUAAUAAAUGUUCAUUUUUCUAAAGCCUCAAUCACACUGUUGAGGAGAGACAGCGAGAACCAAAAGUGUUUUUUGGCAUGUGGCAAAAUGGAGUUUGCCAUGUGGCAAUUUUUUUGCUAUGCGGCAAAAUUAAUUUUGCCAUGUGGCAUUUUUUUCGCCAUGUGGCAUUGUUUUUGCUAUGUGUUUUUUUUUUUUUUUUUUUUUUUUUUUUUUUUUUGCCAUGUGGCAUUUUUUGCCAUGUGGCAAGAUGGAUUUUGCCAUGUGACUUUUUUUUUUUUGCCAUGUGGCAUUUUUUUGCCAUAUGGAUGAAAAUGGAUUUUGCCUUGUGGCAUUUUUGUUUUUUUGCCUUGUGACCUUUUUUUGUUGUGUGGCAAAAUGGAUUUUGCCAUGUGGCAUUUUUUUUUGCCACGUGGCCUUUUUUUUUGCCAUGUGACUUUUUUGGGGGGGUAUGUGGCAAAAUGGAUUUUGCCAUGUGGCAAAGUGGAUUUUGCCAUGUGGCCUUUUUUUGGCAUGUGACUUUUUUGGGGGUAUGUGGCAAAAUGGAUUUUGCCAUGUGGCCUUUUUGGGGUGGUAUGUGGAAAAAUGGAUUUUGCCAUAUGGCAAAAUGGAUUUUGACAUGUGGCAUUUUUUUUGACAUGUGGCAAAAUUGAUUUUUCCACGUUGCAUUUUUUUUUUUUUUUUUUUUUUUUUUUUUUGCCACGUGGCAAAAUGGAUUUUGCCAUGUGGCUUUUUUUUUUGCCAUGUGGCAUUUUUUUGGGGGGGUAUGUGGCAAAAAGGAUUUUGGUUUGUGGCUUUAUUUUUUAUUUUUUUUGGUCAGUGGAUUUUUUUGUUUUUUUGUUUUUUUGUACAUGGCAUUUUAGCAGGCCAUGCAUGUCCAAAUUUUCCCAUUCAUUUUAAAUGGCAGAAAACGUGUGGCUGAUUUUUUAAUAUACAUUUACCAUUACAGCCAUCACCACAUGGCAAAAAAAUGCCACAUGGCAAAAUCUAUUUUGCCACAUGGCAAGAAAAAUGCCACAUGGCAAAAUCCAUUUUGCCAAAUACCACUUUUAGUUCUUCGCCCUGCUACUGUUAUGGUCACCGUUAGGCUUUCAGGCAAGCAUUUGUGGAUUGGUCUUAGAAUGUUAUUUUAUUUGUACUUUUUCAUUAGCUAUAGUAUUCAAACACAAAUCUGCUGUAUCUCAUGUAGCUUCACAUGAACGGAAUUGUUUCAUGUUUUGUUCUCGUCUUCCCAUGAACGCGAAUGCCACUACCCAACAAGCUAGUUUGCCUUAAUACCAGAAAUAACGAAAGUUUUUGUAAGCCAUACUGGAGAGGUCACAUCUUGUUUUCAACACCAUUGAAUAGACCACAUUUAUAUAUACAGUAUAUAUGUAUGUACGAUAUAUAAUCACCGUCCUCCCCCCAAUAUAUUGCUUGAUGUAGCUCAGCUCUGCUAGGAGCUGCCUCUGUGGUGACUCAACCUAUAACGCAUCCACCGUUAGUGUCACCAUACACUUUAGAUUUACUCAAGUACUCAGGCCCCUCUCAACCCCUUUGUUAUCUUGUUUGCCAUCAGAAUGUAUGAUGAACUGCUAGUCUUAUCCAAAAGUGACUUUUUUUCUCCCCCAAACUUGGAAGGCUCGCAGUUCUGAGUAAUGUGACAUUAGAAUGGGUUAAGUCUGUAUACCUCUAUGCAUUUCAGAUUGUAUAACGUGUAAUAAAGUCCAUGUCAAUUUGAAAGGCCCUACUUGAGUCACUUCAUUAGAAGUUCUCCUACUUCGAAAUGAUGGGCGGGUUUGAAAUUUUCAUGGUAAGUGCAUAUCCACUGUGACAGACAAUCUAAAGAAAGAAAUCCAGAAAUCACAGUGUAUGAUUUUCCAACAAUUUACAGUGGAGCAAAUAAGUAUGGCACCGGUUUUAACUCAUUAUUGGUAUAAAACACCUGUCCA